CAACGCUUUUAGAUCGCGAGUAGAGCAAGCAGCUAGCUAGCGCACAAGUUGUUUUGAAAAAAAAUGGCAGCUUCGAAGAAGGGGAAGAAAGUUGUAAAUCAAGAAGAACUGCGGCGCUUGAUGAGAGAAAAACAAAGACAAACGACAGACAAGAAGCGCAUUGAGUCUCCUUUUGCCAAAUACAACAGUCUUGGGCACCUCAGCUGUGUGCUGUGCAGUGUGCAGGUUAAGUCCGAGCUGCUGUGGCCGGCUCAUGUCCUCGGAAAACAGCACAAAGAGAAGAUUGCCGAGCUGAAGGAAGCAAAGAGUCAGCCACCGACUCCCCAGAACCAACCAGUGAAGAGGAAAGCAUCGGACAGUGAGGACAUUAACGGGAAAAAGGCGAAAUCAGCGCCGGUUGCAGGCCAGUCUGCGUCGUCAGGGCUACCAGGAGACUUCUUUCAGAGACCCAAGGAAAAGGAAACUGUUUCUGCUCAGAAGUCUGCAGGUUUGAGUCUCUUGGCUGGAGUCUAUGAUGAGGAGGAUGAUGAUGAAGCAGAUGCUGAAGAGUCGGGUCAGACGGGAACACCAAACCCUCUUCCUCAGAAGGCUGAAGCUGCAGUGCUACCAUCUGAUUUUUUUGACAGCUCCAUCCCAUCCACACCUGCCAUCUCCCACUCUGGCUCCAUCCUCAAAGCAGACUUGCAGGAGAAAAGCACAGAAAAGAAAGAAAACACAGCCGAGGCGCUGCCGGAGGGCUUCUUCGACGAUCCUAUAAGAGAUGCCAAAGUGCGCAACGUUGACGCACCAAAAGAUCAAAUGGACAAAGAGUGGGAAGAGUUUCAGAAGGAGAUACGACAGGUGAACACAAAAUCAGAGGCCAUCGUAGCCGAGGACGACGAAGAGGGUCGCCUUGAACGUCAGAUCGACGAAAUCGAUGAACAAAUUGAGUGUUAUAAGAGGGUUGAGCUGCUGAGAGACAAGCGCGAUGUGGUGAAAAACCAGCCUAUGUCCAGGAAGGAGGAACUAAUGGAGACCGAUGGCAGCAUUGAAGAGGAAGAGGAUGAAGAGGAGCUGCUGGGGCUUUUGUCCCGGGACUGGAGGGCUAAAGGGGCACUGGCAUAAAUUUCUGUAAAAAAUUAUUUUGUCCAGAAUGUUGUUAAAGCACAUAAGAGAGGUAUUUUUUGUACAACUAUGUCAGAAAUGUGUAAAUAUGUUUGUUCAAAGAUCCCCAUCGCUUCUUUUUGUAUAUUUCAGACUGGGUUAAAUAUGAUGAGUGUGAUGUGCAACAUUCUAGUAAAACAUGAGCUACCACCACAAGACAAGGUUUCUCACUUCGUGUCUUAAAACACCAGACAGACCACAAAUCAAACCUUUUAACUGUGUGUUUAUUCAUUGGUGCUCACACAAAAACACAUUCAUAAAAUCUCUCAUGUACAGUAGCAGCGUGGACCCAAAAUCUAAGUCAUGAUGGCCAAAGCUACUUUACAUUUUGAGCUCAACUAACCAUUGCCCUGCAAAAACAAGUCCUCGACUAUGUUAAGUUUAUAAAUUAUUUGUUCAUGUUACAUUAUAAGCAACAUGCAAAGCACAACAGAAUUAUUUUAAAAAUGUACAAUGUUGAGAUUAAGACCGUAAAGCAAAUGUUACCAACCCAAUCCCCUUCACAAGAUAAUCGGUUGAAAAUACUUUUACAUCAUUUUUACAGAGUACAAUGUUUGAGUAUGACAAACUUAUUAUGUAAAUACACCAUUAUUAGGUCCAUAAAAACGGAAUAAAAUGAAUCAAGUAAAGAGUGAUGGUCAGUGCUUCUUAUACUACCUGUUACAAAUUGUGAGCUUUCUGCCUACUGCAAUUUUAAUCAAGAAAUAUCUACGUCAUUUUGUUAUUGCUACAUAUGCCUCACAAGUUACCACUUCAAAAUUCUUCCCAGUUGAUUCUAAGUGUUCAUAGCCCUUCAAAUCUUGUAGAACUGACAACAGCAAAAACAAGCAAAAAAAAA